GCCGCCCUGGUGAUCGUGGGGGGUGGCCUUAGCGGCCUCGUCGCAGCUGCGUCUUUGGCCAAUUCGGCCCCGCCCGGACGGGUGCUCCUUCUCGAGGCAUCCCCCUCCUUGGGUGGCUGCCGUGGCCGCGCUGAGGCUUCUCGUGCAGCACUGGCACCAAG